AUGGAAUUCGAGUUGAGCACUUCCAAUCUUUCACCUCAAUAUAUUGCUUCGAUAAGUAUGUGUGACCUCAUAUGGGGACUAAAUGAAAAUAACAUGGACUUAAUUUUAUAUUAUAUCCAAUCAAAUAUUCAAAAUCAUAAUUUGACUGAUCGGAAUAUUAUAGAAAUGCUCGACUCAUAUUGCGAAAAAUAUCCGAAGAAUGUAAAGUUAGCUACAAAAUUCUGCUUACAAUACCUAAAAUUACUAAAUCAAAAAAUUGAUCAGAAUAUUUUAAGCAAAUCCCCAGCAUUUCAGGCUGCAUUGAUAUUAAACGAAGCUUUCCCAGGUAACAUUCCUCAUCAAUAUCGAAAUAAGACAGAAGAACAAAUUUACGAAAUAUAUGAGAAGGGAACACUCGAACACAACUUACUCUGGGACGAAAUUGAUGAAUUUCAAGACAUUUGCCUCAAUCCGAACUUUUAUUUAGACAAGAAAACUUGUCGCUUGAGGCUAAUCGACUUAUGUUCAAGGCAUGGCUCGCUCAAAUGUUUCAAAUUCUUGUACCUAAACAAUAUUGAUAUCUUGCAAUCUACAUUGGAAAACUCAUUUCUCGGAAACAACUACGAAAUCAUACAUAUCUGUGAAAGAUUUGUUGAUAUUUCUAGCAAAUGCAUCAACAAUGCUGUUGAAUCACAUCACAAUGAAACAGUUAUUUACUUAAUCAACAAAUAUGGCCUAGAUUACAGCUGGAGCUCCACAUUAAAUUGUUUUAAUUUAAUUGGCUUUUACGAAAAGCUAUUCAGAGUAGAAGACAUCAACUUAGCAGACAGCGAUGGCUCAACAGCGCUAAUAUCCGCAUCAAAAAACGGAAUCCUCUCAGUUGUUCAAGUCCUUCUAGACCAUCAAGCAAAUGUUAAUGCAAAAGACAACAAUGGCAUUAAUUCUUUGAUGGCAUGCUCCAUGUCAAACCACUACUACGUUCUCGAUUUACUUCUAGAAAAAGGUUCUUUAAUAAAUGAUGUUGACAACAAAAAAUGGUCGGCACUUUUUUACGCCUGUCAGAGUAAUUCCAUUGACUGCUGUCGUAUUUUACUUGAGAAAGGUGCCAACAUUGAUUUACAAGACGAUAACGGUUUGUCACCUUUGAUGAUUGCAUGUAAAAACAACAAUUUCGAAAUUGUCAAAAUUUUAAUGUCAAAAGGUGCCAAUUUGAACCUCGCAACAAAUGACGGCAAAACAGCUCUUUAUUUCUCAUCAAGAUAUAACUACUACGAUAUCGUAAAAAUUUUGGCAGAAAGUGGAAAAUGUGAUGUCAAUAAAAGUGACAAUUAUAAAUGGAGUCCAUUAUUAAUUGCAAGUAGAUAUAAAUCAUAUGAAUCCAUUUUGAUACUUCUUGAUAGCGGAGCAGAUAUUGAAUGCAGAUCCAGUGAAGGAUUUACACCUCUUAUUUGUGCAUCAGCUAACAAUCAUUUAGAUUGUAUGAAAAUCCUUCUUGAAAGAGGAGCAGACACAGAAAAAUACAUCAAUGAUGGUUGGACACCUCUAUUAACUGCUUCUUUUAAUAACCAUUUUGAUGCUGUUUGUUUGUUGAUUGAUUAUGGCGCAAAUUGUGAAGCAAAAACAUUUACGGGUUAUACACCGUUGAUGGUUGCAGUGCGAUACAAUAACCAUAGAAUACUUGGAAGACUUUUGUUGCAGAAUGUUAAUACAGAAGUUAGAUCUCCACAUGAUGAUAGAACUGCUUUGUUGAUUGCUGUUUUUCAUGGAAAUUACGAAACCGUCAGAAUUCUUUUGAAUUGUAAUGCAAAUAUUAAUGCAAUGCAGAAUGACGGAAGAACAAGUCUGAUGCUGGCAGUCUGUUACCAAAGAUUUGAAAUCUUUCAGUUAUUGAUUGAAUACGGAGCAGAUUUGAAUUUACAAUCCAAUGAAGGAAAAACUGCUCUUCAUUAUGCUGUAAUUAAUAAUUUGUAUGAAUAUGUUGCGCCUUUAGUUAAUAAGGGAUGUAAUAUCAAUAUUAAGUCUAAUGAUGGAUUAACGCCUCUAAUGAUGGCUGUCAAUCAACUUUCUAGUAAGAUUGUUAAGCUGUUGGCUGAACAUGGAGCAUCAAUUGAUCAAAAACCAGUUUGCAAAGAAACCAAUCAAAAAGAUUCAUCAAAGAUUGAUAUAUUGGAAAAUGAAGAGUUCAAAAAGUUCAUUCAGCAGAGUAUGAAUAGAAAUGUGACAUUUAUGUAA